UGUCCUAAUCCUAGCUGUCCCUCGGGCGGCGGCGGCGGCGGCGAGCGCCCGGGAGCGGCAGGCGGAGCGCGAGGCUUCCGGAGACUGGACUUUAGAAGCAUGGUGCCAUGGGGGGGCUUUCUCCACUGUGUCUCAUUGGGUCACCGCAUGGCUCCCUGUGAGAGGUCUUUCCUCUGCAGGUCGCCUGGGAGUGAGAGCUGAACUCCAAUGUCCAGCAAUGGAUGACGACAGCCUGGAUGAGCCUGUGGACCAAAGCCCAGGGCCAGAUGGACACCCGCGGCUCAGCCCUGCUGCCCUGGCUGGUGAUGCUGGUUCAGAAGAUUCUGAAGGAGGAGGAGGAGAUGGGGACACAGUGGCAGCAGAGGACGCUCAGGGGGAGCUGGAAGCCAAUGGCACGUUUCAUUCUGAUGAUGAUUCUGAGAGCUGCCCAAUUUGUCUCAAUGCCUUCCGGGGUCAGGCCGUGGGGACACCGGAGGAUUGUGCCCAUUACUUCUGCCUGGACUGCAUCGUGGAGUGGUCCAAGAAUGCCAAUUCCUGUCCUGUUGAUCGAACUGUAUUCAAGUUUAUUUGUAUUCGAGCUCAGUUUGGUGGUAAAGUCUUGAAGAAGAUUCCAGUGGAGAGCGCCAGAGCUGGAGAGGAGGAAGAGGACCCCACCUUCUGUGAGGUGUGCGGCAGGAGCAACAGGGAGGACCGCCUGCUCCUCUGUGACGGCUGUGACGCGGGGCCGCUGUCCAGACCUCACUCCCUUGAGCCGUCUUGUGGUGCUUGUGGGAAACUCCUACAGUCUGUCUGCUGGAGGCGUGAAGGUGAAGCCAGCUGGGCCUACUGCUGCCAGGCUCAGGGCAUCCAGCUUCUGGGCUUUGCUGGGCGGCAGGUCCCAAGGUACCUCUUAUCUUCGCUGCUGGACGAGACCAUUGAGGCUGUGGCCACUGGCCUGAGCACUGCUGUGUAUCAGCGCCCCUUGACGCCUCGAGCCCCCACCAAACGGAAGAGGAAAACAGGAAGGCGGAAGAAAACUUUGGGAAGAAAGCAAGCGCAGCCCAAGUCAUCCGUGAAGAGCAAGAGCACCCGGGCGAGGCCUCGGAGGCGCCAGGGCCGUGGGAAGAGGAGAGAGGGGAAGAAGAAAAAGAAAGAAGUCACGGCUCGUUCUCGCAUUGCGCGGACACUGGGCCUCCGGAGGCCAGCCCGUGGAGCCUGCAUCCCAUCAGUGUACAAGCCAGCAGACCCCUCCCUGGGGUUGAUGCGUGCAGACAUCGGAGCAGCCUCUCUGUCUCUGUUUGGAGACCCAUAUGAGCUGGACCCCUUUGACAGCAGUGAAGAGCUGUCUGCAAACCCUGCUUCCCCUCUGAGUACCAAGCGGAGGAUUCUGUCCCGCUCAGCACUGCGUUCUCACCAGCCCGUGGCUAGGCCUGUUUCCAUGGGGCCCCCCAGGAGGAGUGUGCCUGCCACGGCGCCCGAGCCUGACCUUUUGGGGAGCAUCCUGUCGGGCCAGAGCUUGCUGCUGAUGGACAGUGCCAGCAUCACCAUUCACCGCGACGGCUCCCUCAGCGCCCGGAGGGCCGCACCUGUUUCUAUCCAGCGAGGGGCUGCCUGUCCGUCCAGAGUGGGAGAAGGCCCUGGGUGCGGGGACCGCCUGCAGCUCAGAGCACAGCACCCAGGAGGCAGGUUGCAGAGCUGGGGGCCAGGAUGCCAGGCCACCCACUCCUGCGUUCCCAGGCUCCCAGCGGGGGUGACUGUGCAGCUGGAUUCCUCCGUGACCCCUCAGUCAGGGCAGUCUCAGAACACACCAGACGUGAGCAAGCCUGGCUUAAAACUAAGUGACAAGCCCCAAUUUACUGGCGACAACAAGCAUGCUCCACCUCUUAGAUUGGCUUUGUCCCGGACUUCAGCUGGCCUCUGUGACGCCCCACUGAAGAGUGCUGUGCAAGGGCAGACCCCGGGACCGGCUCCCAGGAGGACCAUCUCUGAGCUCCCCAGGAUACCAAAGGUCAGAUGGGAUGGCAGCAAUGCCCCAGCAGGCACAGCCCCCACCUGCGGGCAGUGUGUCGACAUUCCCAGCUCCUGCAUCAGCCGGUUGACGGGCAGGGAGGGGCCCGGGCAGCCCGGCUGCAGCACCCAGGCACAGGGUGAGCCCAGCAGUAGGGGCCCGCAGGAGCCUGGCAUGCAUGGGGCGGGCGGCACCCAGUCCACAGCCACGCCCGGGCCCUCUAGGGGGAAGGGCGUUAGCUCGACCUUCGAGAGCUUCCGGAUCAACAUUCCCGGGAACACAGCCCCUUCCAGUAAGAUCUCCAACCCUGGCUUCUGUAACACGUUUCGGCCUGUGGACGCUAAGGUGCAAAGGAAGGAGAACCCCCCACCCCUCUUCUCCAUCAGGAAGGCAAAGCAGCUCAAGAGUGAGAUCUAUGACCCCUUUGAGCCCACGGGUUCCGACUCCAGCUCUGCUGGCAGCAGCCCAGAGCAUCUGGGCCCCAGUCCCCUGCCCUCUGAGAUCACUCGCACCAUCUCUGUCGACAGCCCAAAGGCCCCAGUGCUGCAGGCUGUGCGCUGUGUCACCUCCUACACAGUGGAAACUGGCUUUGGGAUGGAGCCUGAGCUCUCUCGGGCACCUCCCUCCAGCAUGCUCAAGCUCCGGGGCAAGAGGCCCACUGAGGGGGUCUCUGACACUGAGCCUGGGGGGGCCAUCAUGGGCCAAGGACCAGCUGUCUUGGUGCAGAGGCCGUCUCCGCCAGAUCCCUGGGAGGACAAGGACCAGCUGCCCUGCAACACUUUCUUUGGCUCAGAGGAACGGACGGUGACCUGUGUGACCAUGGCUGAGCCAGGCACUCCACCACCGGCCACCCACCGCAUCGUGGAGCUGCAGUCCUCGCCCUGCUUGCACUCAACAUCCAGCUCCCGUGGCGGGAAGACAGACAAGAGGAAGCGGGCUGCUGCCAGGGAGCACAGGAGGACCCGCUCCAGCUCCCGCUCCGGGGACAGGACCUCACAGUCCAUGUCACCGCCGGCAGGAGAGGACCACUCCAAGAGGCAGCGGCUCAAGGCCAGGAGCCGGAGGUCCUCUAGCGACCACUCCAGUGGCCACGAGCGGGCCAGGCGGAAGAAGGCCAAGGAUGGGGACAGGAGGAGGGAGAGGGGCUCUCGGGGCCGAGGCUGGCGGGGGUCCCGGUCCCGCUCAUGCAGCUCCGGCAGCUCCUCCCAUGAGACCCGUGGGAGCAGGAGGCGGAAGCAAAGGUGGUCGGGAUCCAGGCCUUGGGAUCGGGAGUGCUCACCCCCCAGCAGCCUGGAGCGGGCACGCAGGCACUGGCACCCAAGGGGGAGGAGCCCUGAGCGGCCUCGAGACCGGCGGGGCUCCCAUGAGUCAAGGAAGCACAGGUCCCGGUCACCGAGCAUGGAGCAUAGGCCCCGGGAACACCAGCGGCCCCACUCCCGGGAGAAGCAGCCACAGCCCCAGUCCCAGACUCCAGAGAGGAGUGUGGCACCCCCACCUCCAGAGGAGCUGAGGCGAGACCCGGAGCCAUCAGCCUCAGCAGGGGCCAGUGCCUCGUCAGCCGGGGCCAUGACUGAGCAGGCGGUCCUAGAGGUGCCAGCCACAUGUCUGCCUGGGGACCUGGAUGCUGGCGAGGAUGGUGACUACAGUGAGGCAGGGCACAUCUUUGAGGACUUCCUGGGUGACGCCGUCUUCAUGCAGCUUGAGGACAUGAGCUCCCCACCCUCCCCAGAGAGCACGGACUCCUCACCGGAGCGAGACUGCCUACCCACCCCCAUUCUGCCCACUGCGGGCCAGCAGCAGGAUCCUGACCUGGCUGAGGCCACCAUCAGGCAGGAGGCACCACUGAGCCACCAGGAAAACGCUACGCAGCCCCCACCCCAGGCAGAGGGCCCCUGUGAGGAGCCCUCACUCCAGCAGGCCAUGAGGCCUGGCGUCCUGGGAGCCCAGGCUAUAGAUGGGGUGCCCCCGGAGAGGGAAGGUGACCCCUCCCCACCACCCCUGCUGCGGGCUAAAGCGUUGGUGAAAAGAGUCACCUGGAACCUCCAGGAUGCGGAGCACAGCGCGCCUUCGGGGGACAGAGGUCUGCGCACGCCACUUCACAGGCUGCAGAGCCCCCGGGAAGUGAUCUGGGAAACAGAGGGUAUGGGCUCCACACUGGCAUUCCAGCAUGCUGCCUUCUCCGAGACCCCACCACCCAGUUUUGUACAUCCAGAACCUGGCUUCCCAGAUGCUGACCCCUCUCAGGUUUAUAGCCCUAGCUUGCCUCCCACCUCGGUUCUGCCCUCAAGCCUCCCACCCUACGCUCCUGUCAGCCAGCCCAUGGUCCAGUUCAUCUUACAGGGGAGCCUUCCCCGGGCGGCCUGUGGGUCGGUGCAGAGCCCAGCCCCAGUGCUCACCAUGCUGACCACAGCCUCAGAGCCAGCUGGCCACACUGCCAGUAACUCAGAGGAACAGGUGGCUGUUCCCAGGCCAGCUGUGGAGAAGGCCAAGAACGAGGAGUACAUGAAGAAGCUGCACAUGCAGGAGCGGGCAGUGGAGGAGGUGAAGCUGGCCAUCAAGCCCUUCUACCAGAAGAGGGAGGUGACCAAGGCCGAGUACAAAGACAUCCUUCGCAAGGCCGUGCAAAAGAUCUGCCACAGCAAGAGCGGGGAGAUCAACCCUGUGAAGGUGAACAACCUGGUGAAGGCCUACGUGGACAAGUACAGGCACAUGCGCAGACACAGGAGGUCUGGUGCCGGGGAGGGGCCGCCCGCUCAGGGUGCUGAGGGCUGAGGGCUGGAUGCCUCUGAGGGGCAGGUGGCGGGACACUGGGGACCCACACUCCUCUCAGGGUUCCUGCGCCACACGUGGCCUGUGCACCUGUCCUACUCAGGUUAGAACUGGACUUUUUAUAUGUACGCUGUAGAAACACACACUUGCCAUUGUGUUCUAAUUUAUCAAAAAUGAAUUAUCUGUAGAAGCUU